AUGUCGCUUACAACGAAACGAAGAGCGGGUUCUGAACCUAUUGACCGUCCCUUCAAAGCACACAAGCCCGCUCCGGUACAGACGAACAACUUUGUACCCUUCAUCAUCCACCGAGUCAAAUGCAGCAAGCAGAAAGACCACACCGAUCACCCGCGUCAGGCAGACUACUUCGACGCCCCCAGUCUCUUCUACGGCGAUAGUAGGGCAAGCAAUCUGCGCGGAGAGGAAAAGAUUGACGAUAUUGAUGAAUAUCUGGAAAACCACGAGAUCAUUCUAAUCUGGGUCAAGGUUUACAGCUGCGAUGCCUACCUGGAAUCUAUCCGCGAUCAAUUCGAAGUGCUACGAGCGCCCUUGCACCCAAUGCACCCGAUGCUUAUGCGCCAUUUCUCGUUUCUCCACGCCGACGGCGACGAGGCAACCCCUGAGCGCGAGGAGAUUAAUAUCAUCGAUGAUAUAAUCAAAGAUGCCGUCAAGGAGGCCAUUGAUAUCCGAUGUGAGCGUAUAUCUACCGCAGCAAGGACACAGGAAAGCUCGGCUGCGGUGAACCGGUUAUACCUUCAUCUGAGGCAGCCCGAUAUACAAGCCGACGAGUCUGCAGAGGGCUUGGAGGACCUUCUGAAAUAUAUGGAAAUGGCUUUCGAGGAGGAGUACCAGGAUGCGGACGACUCAUUCGCCCGUGGAGGGCAGCCACGCGCAUAUCUUCUCAAGGAGUGGCCCCGCUGGGAGGAUGACAACUUUGUCCUUCCAUGCGUCACCUGGUCGUUUGAUGGUCAAUUCUUCCAGGAGGAGGAAGAGGUCACUCUCGAAUACACUUUUGAGGCGCAAGAAGAGGUGGCUAUAACCGACCUACCUGUGUAUCCUCUUCGUGUCGACGAUGACGUGAGAGCACGUUUGAUGAAACGAGGAGCUGCAUUCUGGAAGUGUCGGAACAGACAGUUUGUAUCUUACACACCAUCGUCUUUAACUGUCGAAGUUUCAAAGUCGAACCCACGCUAUAUGGUAGAUGCCAGGACAUACCAUCAUGUGCAUAGCGAGAAGAUUCCCGAAGCAGGCCGACAGUACCUCUCGAAAGACGAGCACGAUCAAGAGCUGCCACCCAAUGAAACAUUCCAGAUCCUCCUCCCCGCAGACAUACAAGGGUUCGGGUUCCAUGACAAGAAAUGGAUCUCCGUUUCCGUGGAGGAGGUCCGCGACAUACAGUGGAAUGCCGAGGCUUUCAAUCACCUGGUUCUCAAACACACCAAGAAAGAAUUGAUCAAAGCCCUUGUGGCCAAGCACACCGCUGCUAGCGAUACCAGUGAUGUGAUAGAGGGCAAAGGGAAUGGCCUAAUUCUGCUCCUUCACGGCGGACCGGGUACGGGAAAGACCCUCACAGCCGAGUCCGUCGCGGAGCUCACGGAACGACCACUAUAUCGCGUCACUUGCGGAGAUAUCGGCACAAACGCCGAGGAGGUGGAGAGAUACCUCGAGUCCGUUCUCUAUCUCGGUACCGUAUGGCAAUGCGUUGUUCUCCUGGAUGAGGCUGACGUGUUUUUGGAGGAGCGCACGCAGCAGGACCUAAAACGGAAUGCGCUGGUCUCCGUCUUCCUGCGAGUGUUGGAAUACUACUCUGGCAUUCUGGUUCUGACGUCCAACCGGAUCGGGACUUUUGACGAGGCCUUCAAGUCUCGAGUCCAGUUAACCCUUCAUUAUCCGACGCUGGACGAAGCUAGUCGUCGGCGGAUAUGGUCAAAUUUCAUUACAAGGCUGCACCGUACAAAUCCCGAGGCAAAGGCCGACCAAAUCCUGGACAAACUCGAAGAACUGGGCACUUUCAAGCUAAACGGCCGCGAGAUUCGAAAUAGUAUUCGGACGGCCAUGUUGCUGGCCGAAUUUCGGGGCGAGUCCCUUCAAUACAGCCACCUACAGGACGUUAUCGAUGUGUCCAACGAGUUUGAGCAAUACUUGUGCGACACGCAUGGCCACAGCGCGUCUGAGUCUGCUAGGUUCCAAAGAAUUCGAAAAGACUAG